GGACUCCAGCGCCCCGCACACCACCAUGGAUCUGCUGCUGGUGGUGAACACGAGCCUGGGCUCCCCCAACGAGUCCCUGGCGCUGCCCCCCUCCUCGCCGUCCUCUUCUGAUCUCCUGCAGCCGCCCUCCCCGUACUCCCCGGCGGCCGUGGCCGGCCUGGCGGCGGUGGUGAGCUUCCUCAUCGUCUUCACCAUCGUGGGCAACGUGCUGGUGGUGAUAGCUGUGCUCACCAGCCGGGCACUGAGAGCACCCCAGAACCUCUUCUUGGUGUCUCUAGCCAGCGCGGACAUCCUGGUGGCUACCCUGGUCAUGCCUUUCUCCUUAGCCAACGAGCUUAUGAAUUACUGGUACUUCGGCAAGACUUGGUGUAACAUUUACCUGGCACUGGAUGUGCUCUUCUGCACCUCCUCCAUCGUCCACCUGUGCGCCAUCAGCCUCGACAGGUAUUGGUCGGUCACACAGGCGGUGGAGUACAACCUCAAAAGGACCCCCCGGCGGAUCAAGGCCAUCAUCCUCACUGUCUGGCUCAUUUCAGCUGUCAUCUCCUUCCCUCCAUUGAUCUCCAUGUACCGGGACCCCGAGGGAGACAGAUUUCCCCAGUGCAAGCUGAACGAUGAGACAUGGUACAUCCUUUCUUCUUGCAUUGGCUCUUUUUUUGCUCCCUGCCUCAUCAUGGUGUUGGUCUACAUCCGCAUCUACCGCGUGGCCAAGCUAAGGACCAGGACCCUCUCUGAGAAGCGUACAAUGCCAGAGGGGUCUUCCCAGACUGAGAAUGGCUUGAGCCGCGUUGCUGGUGGCUGCACAUCCGUGAGGAUGAAGCUGGGAGAGAAUGGACAUUAUUCGGUGCACCACUGGCGCAAAGCCUCUGAACUGGAGGACAUUGAGCUGGAGGAGAGCAGCACCUCAGAGAGCAGACGGAGGCGGAGCCGGGAGGAGCAUCCCCGCAAAAGCAGCAAGAGCCAGUCCUUCUCCUACUCAUACUCCUCCAAGCACUCUAGUAGCCGUCUGUCCCGCGCUAGCAAUCGCUCCAUGCAGUUAUUCUCAUAUCGCCGUCGCCGGAAGCGUAGCAGCAUCUGCCGUAAGAAAGUCACCCAAGCCCGGGAGAAACGCUUCACUUUCGUGUUGGCCGUGGUCAUGGGGGUCUUUGUAGUUUGCUGGUUCCCUUUUUUCUUCAGCUACAGCCUCUAUGGUAUUUGCCGGGAGGCAUGUGAGGUCCCUGAGACUCUCUUCAAGUUCUUCUUCUGGAUUGGGUAUUGCAAUAGCUCCCUGAACCCAGUCAUCUACACCAUAUUCAACCAGGACUUUCGCAGAUCCUUUAAACACAUUCUUUUUAAGAAGAAGAAGAAGAACUUAUGGCAUUGAGCUGGAGGGAUGGAUUUGCCUUGAGCAGGAGUAGAGUUAAAAGAGGAGAAGGCUCUGUGCUGACAAAGGGAGGGAAGAGAACAUGGGAUUUGGGCUCGCCCCCUCCGUGAGCAGAGUGGUGCAGUGGGGUAUAAAGAUAGAGCUAGGGAGGCUGAGGGCAUUCACCGUGGUACAGAAUCAUGCUGGAGUGUGGAUGGGUAAAAGGAAAGGGGAAUGAUUGUCUUUGAACCUUGAUGGAGGGCAUGGGGAGUCCAUAGAGGAAAAUAGGCUGACACUGAUUCUGGGAGGCAGUGAGCUUUGACAGGAUCUGGCAUUUUGUGGGAAAACAAGCAGAGACAUCAGGAGGAAAGGAUUAAGUGGCAGUGGUGAUGAAGAUUUGAGCAUUUAUAAAUAGAGCAGCUGGGUCCUGUGAUGGUCUCGUCCCAGUAAGAAAUUAGCUUUUACUGCUUAUGUGGGCAAAGAAAGUGCAAAGUACCAGGCACUGGCAGUUUUUUGAGUUACAAAAGGAUUUAAAUGUUUGCCAAAAAAUCCUAAAGAACAAUCCAAACUCUUUUCUAAAUAAACCUUUGUACUGUUAAAACCUUCUGAAUGAUGAUUUUACACAGGGCUUAAGUCAAAGAGAAAGCAUGGGGGUUUCUUUUCUUUGGAAGGGUCUUUGCAUGUAGAGCUGGAUGGGAAACUUUUUCUAUCUUCCCAUAGUUUUUGAUUGGUCAGUGGGACAAACCUGUGAGUCUUGCAUGUCUUCAUGAAAUAUGAAAAGGAGCACAUGCACCCUGUGACCUUACUUCUCCCUCUUGGAUUGCCAGGCAGUAAGAUCCAUCUGACAUCAGUGUCAUGAGCACCUUGGUGUCCUGAAGCAGGUAGUGGGUGAAAACAAAAAUCAUUGUUGUGAACUCACCUAAUAUUUCUGAGUUAAAAUAAAAAAAUCAGAUUUCCAGCCAGCUCAAC